AUGACCUCAUCCCGGCCCAAGAUUGCCAUUGUUGGCGGCGGCCCUGGGGGGCUUACUCUUGCGCUGCUGCUUCACCGAGCCGGCAUUCCCGCCACCGUCUACGAAUUACGCCAACGCCCUACAGACGAAGAGCUUGACCUCCCGUCUGGCAGUCUCGACCUGCACGAGGAGUCUGGUCUCAAGGCCAUUGCAGCAUGCGGGCUCUCGGACGCAUUCGCGGCUUGCACGAGCGACUGCUCCGAGGCCUGGAGGAUCGUCAACGCUGCCGGCAACGCCCUAUACACUGAAGAGGGUAGCAACAACCGCCCUGAGAUUGCGCGGCACCAGCUCAUGCGCCUUCUCCUAUCCGAACUCCCCGACGGCGUCAUAAAAUGGGGAUGCAAACUUCAUUCGGCGGAGCGCAUCGCGGAAGGAAAAACAAAGCUCGACUUUGGUGACCACGCAGACGUCUUUGAUGUCGUGGUUGGUGCAGACGGUGGCUGGUCGCGCAUCCGUCCACUGGUGUCCGCCGCCCAACCCGAGUACACGGGAUUGCAAAAUCUCACCCUCACCAUCUCCCACCUGCCAGAGAAAUCUGCCGAACUUGCGCAAUUCUGCGGUGACGGAACCCUGUGCAUUUUAGGCGGCGGCAAUGCCAUCAUGGGCCAGCGCGGGGCCCAGCAGUCCGAGCGACUGUACAUCACCAUGGCCUCGGCCCACGAGGACUUUGCGGAGCGCGAGAAGAUUCACGACCUAGAUGCCGACGCCCUAUACGACUAUCUCGUGACGACGGACACCCUCUAUAAGAAUUUCGGCGACGUGCCCAAAAAGCUCAUCAAGGCCGCCUGUGAUGCGAGCGCUGCACCGGUGAACCGCGGCGCAUCCACCAAAUACGACCUUCGCCCGUCGUACCAGCUUCCCGUCGGCCAUCGCUGGGACCACGUGUCUGGCGUCACCCUCAUCGGCGAUGCGGCCCACCUCAUGACGCCGUAUGCGGGAGAGGGCGUCAAUCUGGCCAUGUGGGACGCUCUGGACGUCAGCGCGGCGGUCGCGGCGGCCUGGCAAACCAGCCACACCGACGUCGCUGCCUUCCAGAGAGCGCUGGCGCCGUUGCUCAAGGCUGUCGAGGCGGAGAUGCAGAGUCGAGCCGGCGAAAAGGCCGAGGAAACGGAAAACAACAGACAGCUGCUCUUUGGCGAGGAUGCGGCGCAGAAAUUUGCGUCGGUGAUGAAGGGAUACGCGGGAGGACCGUAA